AUCUCUUCCCUUUUUAUAAAUAUUGUUUUUCUUAUAACAUCAUUGACAAGAUUUCAUCCUAUGCGAGAGAAUCUACGCAGAUAAAAAUUAUUAUAUAAAUAAAUAUAUGUACAAAACGAUAAACAUACGAAACAAUUUUUUUUUGUCGGUGACAUUUCAAUGUUUAAAGGUGGUCUAAAGCAGUUUUUUUGAUGAAUAUAUUAUUUUGAAUUAUUGUCUCUUCUAAAAUACAGUGACUAUCCAAGAUAGAGAGACGGAGAAAGAAUAAAUGAUUGAGAGAGUUUAUGGGGAUUUGAUAUAUUCGCGGAAUCGUUGAAAAGCUACACACUAGACUAUGUAUAUAUUCUGAUUGUGCAGUCAUUGCAACAGAGACAUUCGAGUGAUUUUUAAAUUAAAUAUAAAUUGAAAAUAAAAAAAAGCAACAGCAACAACAACACACGUUACGAAAAAUUCUUCGGAAACACUUCAGUGUUCUUAAAAGUCAAGUUGGCAGCUUAACCACAAUAAUCAAUAAAUAAGAAAAAAACAAUUCUAAAUAAGAAAAAAAAACACAUACAUACACCGAGUUAAAACAUAAGUUAAAACACCCAACACACAGUGUAUAAUCUCUGAUUCUGAUGUUAAGUACAAUGCAUCCAACAAUCACACUACUCGCAAAAUUCAAACAGACACAUCAACAAUGAUGAUGAAACAAAAGGUUUUCCACUUAACAAUUUCUUGUUAAUGCUUUUUUGUCAAGUGCUAUUUCCAGGUUUGCAUUUGCGCAGCAUAGAGGAACCAAAUAAAAACAGAAUGCCCGCUGAGGGGGGCACAGAACGAAUCGAUAGUAUUGGCUCACGUUCUGUUGUCUCCCUGCCAUCAUGCCAAACCUCAUAUGAAUAUGAUCCAGAAUUUUCACGCGUCGAAUCAUGGUUAGACGAAAAUCCAGAAUUUGUACAGGACUAUUUUAUCAGAAAAGCGACGAGACAGUUAGUUGAUACAUGGUUAAUAUCACAUGCAAAUUCUGGUAGUACGGAAAUACCAUCGCCCAUACAUGGAAAUGCACCGAACAAUUCAUCGAGUCGCGCAUCGUCGGGAGCCACAACUCCUGUUCGUAGAAAAAUAUCUGCACACGAAUUUGAGCGAGGUGGCUUAUUGAAGCCAAUUGUAAAUACCAUCGAUGGAACGCCAACAUUCUUAAGUAUAAGUUCACAGAAUGAAAUGGUCUCAGCAUCAGGAUCAAGUCCGUCUAGUCAUCCACAUCGACCACAGCGAUUGUCGCGCAAUGAACUAAAGCAUUUAGAUGAAAAACAGCUAAUUUUUGAAUUGGUGAAAGAUAUUUGCAAUGAGCUGGAUGUGCGAUCUUUGUGUCACAAAAUAUUACAAAAUGUUUCCAUAUUGCUAAAAGCGGAUCGAGGUUCAUUGUUUUUGGUUCAAGGCAAAUGCACAGACAGCAGCAAUCCAGAUGCACCAAAAAAAUGUUUGGUGUCCAAAUUGUUUGACGUCUGUCCUCGGAGUACACUCGAAGAAAUAGAGCAACAUGAAGAAGUGCGUGUUGCAUGGGGACAUGGAAUUGCUGGACAUGUUGCUGAUAGCGGUGAACCAGUCAAUAUACCAGAUGCAUAUCAAGACGAACGUUUCAAUCGAGAUAUAGAUUUGCAAACGGGAUACCGAACAAAGGCAUUGCUCUGCAUGCCAAUUAAGGACUCUUCCGGUGUGGUGAUUGGAGUUGCACAAGUGAUCAACAAGCUUAAUUGUGAAAGAUUUACAGAAAAUGACGAAAAGAUAUUUUCAUCGUAUCUUCAAUUUUGUGGUAUUGGUUUAAGAAAUGCACAGCUUUAUGAAAAAUCUCAAUUAGAAGUAAAAAGAAAUCAGGUUCUUUUGGACUUGGCUCGAAUGAUAUUUGAGGAGCAAAGCACGAUUGAGCACAUGGUGCUCCGGAUUUUAACACAUAUGCAGAGUUUGAUUCAGUGUCAACGUGUUCAGAUUCUGCUGGUUCACGAGGCGUCGAAGGGAAGUUUUUCGCGUGUUUUUGAUUUCGAAGCGAACGAUGUGAGUGAAGAAGAGAGCAAUCCACGUACCAGCCCAUUUGAAUCGAGAUUCCCCAUAAACAUCGGCAUAACAGGUCAUGUGGCUACAACGGGAGAAACUGUGAAUAUAGCCAAUGCAUACGAUGACCAUCGAUUCGAUCAAAGUGUGGAUGAUGGAUCGUCAUUUACGCACAAAACCAUACUUUGUAUGGCAAUUAAGAAUUCGCUUGGACAAAUUAUCGGUGUGAUACAAUUGAUCAAUAAAUUUGAUAGCCUGUCGUUCACAAAGAAUGAUGAGAACUUUGUGGAAGCCUUUGCAAUUUUCUGUGGCAUGGGAAUCCAUAAUACCCACAUGUACGAAAAGGCGAUUGUUGCAAUGGCCAAACAGAGCGUAACACUGGAAGUGCUAAGUUAUCAUGCAUCUGCUUCGAUGGAAGACGCUGUUCGCCUACGCAAUCUGAAAGUUCCAUCGGCCGCCUUCUUCCAAUUGCAUGAAUUCAGUUUUGAUGAUAUCGAAAUGGAUGAUGAUGACACAUUGAGGGCGUGUCUGCGUAUGUUUUUGGAAUUGGAUUUUGUUGAACGUUUUCAUAUCGAUUAUGAGGUGCUGUGCCGUUGGCUGCUAAGCGUAAAAAAGAAUUACCGAAAUGUUACUUAUCACAACUGGCGGCAUGCUUUUAAUGUUGCCCAGAUGAUGUUUUCGAUUGUUACGGCAACUCAGUGGUGGAAAAUUUUCGGUGAAAUUGAAUGUUUGGCUUUGAUAAUUGCAUGUUUAUGCCAUGACUUGGAUCACAGGGGAACGAACAAUUCAUUUCAAAUUAAAGCUUCAUCACCAUUGGCACAAUUGUAUUCAACGUCAACGAUGGAACAUCAUCAUUUCGAUCAAUGUCUCAUGAUUUUAAACAGCCCUGGAAAUCAAAUUCUAGCACAUCUGUCAUCCGAAGAGUACAGUCGAGCGCUUCGAGUUUUAGAAGAUGCCAUUCUAUCGACCGACCUGGCCGUUUACUUUAGAAAACGUGGGUCAUUUUUAAAGCAUGUCAAACCAAACACAACCAUGGCAAAUUGGUUGAGCGAAGAGCCAAGAUCAUUGCUACGAGCAAUGAGUAUGACAGUGUGUGACCUAUCGGCCAUCACAAAACCAUGGCCCGUUGAAAAACGUGUGGCUGACCUCGUAACGUCCGAAUUUUUUGAACAAGGUGAUAUGGAGCGACAGGAGCUUAACAUAACACCGAUUGACAUAAUGAAUCGUGAAAAAGAGUCACAGUUACCAAUGAUGCAAGUGAAUUUCAUCGAUACAAUAUGUCUGCCGAUUUACGAGGCAUUUGGAACGCUAUCGGAUAAGCUGCAACCGCUUGUGAAUGGUGUAUUAGAGAAUAAAGAGCAUUGGCUGCAAUUAGCAAAAUCUGUACAAAACCGAACCAGUUCAUGUCAUAAUACAGGAACAAAUACAAAUGAUUCAAUAACACUAGUCCCAACCAGCAAAAAUGAUAACGAUAAUAGUUUAAACAAUAAUAACAAUGUUGUGAACAAUAAUCGAUCACCAUCAUUAACAAACGAUGACAAUAUUAUAUGCAAUGGCACAAACAGUGAAAUACCGAAGAUUGUUGGUAAAAUCGGAAGACUGAGCUCGCAAACUAUUCAACCAGCUAAACAAAAUGGAAUUAAUUGUGAGAAUUUUUCAACGCGAGAUCAUAAACAGGAAGCAAUGGACCAAUAAACACAUGCGACAGAAGGGAGAUCCAGAGAUAUUGUUAUUGACUUUUUUCUGUCUUUCUUUGUUUUUUGUUGCGUAAUUUUUUGAAUGUAUAUAAAAAAAAAUUUACACAUUUCACCUCAGCACCAAAAAGAAGAGAAAUCUAUCACAUUGUAUCAAUUAAAAUUGGUGAAAAUAUUGCAUCAAACUAAAUUAAUAGAUCCUGACAACAAUUAUGUAUUGGCUUAGUUUUUUUAUGUUAGAAUGACAUGUAAUGAUGAUAUUAUGUAAAGGAAGACCCUUUUGGCUCAUGUUGAAUGUUUUUCAAUCAAAUUUUGAGUGUGUGUAUUUCAAAUGUUUAGUUACUAAACUUUAAAAAUCAAAUAAAUGCAACAAAUGUAAUGCUGCAGAAUUUAUUUACAGGAAUUAUAAGUUGAAGAUGGAGUAAAACAAACACCGUAUUUUAUACCGAUUUAUAUAUAUAUAUAAUAUAUUUUAGUGAAAAAUAAUAGAUUUAUUUUUUGCACAAAUCUA